AUGCGUCCUGAUUCACGAAGCGUCUCUUUCACAUUCCACCGUGAGGUUUUGAGUGACCGGAAUUCUCCAAGGAUUCCACCAAAUCGUAACAAAAAUUUUCGUCAAAGACUUCAAGAUCGAUUUGACAAAGAAAAGCCUGAUAGUAGCAAAGAAAAAUCUAAAAUUGUUAAAAGUGCCGAUAAAAGCUGGAAUAAUAUUAGUUUGAGUACUGUAUCCGCGGACUCACGACGUGCAUUUCGCAAUGGAGCUGAAAAAUUAUCUAAGACAAUUAUAUCGGUGCGAACAACUAUUGGAACUAUUUCACAGAAAUUCCGGAGUUCAACUAGGCGAAGACAAAUUUUAGAUGAACAACAAUCACCCUGUAACUCUCAAACACCACAAACCUACUCAAGAAAUUUAUUAGGACGCACUCCAACAAAAUUAUACAGUCCAUUUGGCAUUGAAUCACCCAAGCAUGCUUGGGAUAAAGAAAAUGAUUCUGUUCCAUCGUCAGCUUCUUCUAAACACGAGACUAAUGAAGCACGCCGACCAUUUCGUUUUAUCAAAAAACGUGGCUUUGCUGCUCUGAGAUAA